CUCCGGUUCCUCUGCACAGGCGCAGAAGCUCCUGCGUGUGGAAGCUGCGGCCCGGCGGGCAGGGAAAUAACAGAUGCGGGUAAAAGAUCCAUCCAAAGAUCUACCUGAGAAAGGCAAAAGAAGUAAAAGACCACUGCUACCUCACGAUGAAGAUUCUUCAGAUGACAUUGCUGUAGGUUUAACGUGCCAGCACAUCAGUUAUGCUGUCAGUGUGAACCAUGUGAAGAGGGCAGUAGCUGAGACUCUCUGGUCAGUUUGUUCAGAGUGUCUGAAAGAGAGAAGACUCUGUGAUGGACAGCCGGUACUUCCUUCCGAUGUUUGGUUGUGCCUCAAGUGCGGCUUUCAGGGAUGCGGUAAGAACUCAGAAAGCCAGCAUUCACUGAGACACUUCAAGAGCUCUGGGGCGGAGUCCCAUUGUGUUGUCAUUAGCCUGAGCACAUGGGUCAUAUGGUGUUACGAAUGUAAUGAAAAAUUAUCGACACAUUGCAACAAGAAAGUUUUGGCUCAGAUAGUUGAUUUUCUUCAGAAACAUGUUUUUAAAACACAAACAGAUGCAUUUUCUAGAAUCAUCAAACUUUGUGAAGAAAAACGUGAAGCAGGGGAAAUAAAGAAGGGGAAGAAAGGCUGUGCUGUGCCAUCUGUCAAAGGAAUUACAAACUUAGGAAAUACUUGCUUUUUUAAUGCCGUCAUCCAGAACUUGGCUCAGACUUACAUUCUUUUUGAACUGAUGAACGAGAUAAAAGAAGAUGGCACCAAAUUCAAGAUUUCUCUUUCGUCAGCUCCACAGCUGGAGCCGUUAGUGGUGGAACUUUCAAGCCCUGGACCAUUGACUUCAGCCUUGUUCCUGUUUCUUCACAGCAUGAAGGAGGCGGAAAAAGGACCACUUUCUCCUAAAGUUCUUUUCAAUCAGCUCUGUCAGAAGGCUCCUCGAUUUAAAGGUUUCCAGCAACAGGACAGCCAGGAGCUUCUGCACCAUUUGUUGGAUGCAGUGAGGACAGAGGAGACAAAGAGGAUACAAGCUAGCAUUCUAAAAGCAUUCAACAAUCCAACUACCAAGACUGCUGAUGAGGAAACUAGAAAAAAAGUCAAAGCCUAUGGAAAAGAAGGCGUGAAGAUGAACUUCAUAGAUCGGAUCUUCAUUGGCGAAUUAACUAGCACAGUCAUGUGUGAAGAAUGUGCGAACAUCUCUACCAUGAAGGAUCCCUUCAUAGAUAUUUCACUUCCAAUCAUAGAAGAAAGGGUUUCAAAACCUGUACUUUUGGGGAAAAUGAGUAAAUGCAGAAGUUUACAGGAAACAGACCAAGAUCAUAACAAGGGCACCGUUACAGUAGAAAAUACCCAUCCAGCAAGAGCUGCCAAGAAGCAUUCCUCACCGAAAGAUAAGACUCAGCUAAGUCAUGACAGAAAACAUUUAAGAAAAUGGCCACCUGAAGAAGAGAGAACUGUUGGUACACAUCCGAACAGUGAAAACUCGGAAGCCAGCCCUUUGGCCGGCAUCCUCAGCAAUGAGGCAUCGCUGAACGAGAGCCCCACUGAGGGCAGUGAGAGAGACACCAGCCUAGAAAGCAGUGUGGAUGCGGACAGCGAGGCUUCUGAACCCGAGGUGGCUUACAAGCAGUCUGUGCUGCUCCGAUCCAGUGGUGAUCCCGGCGGGCACGGGGAACAGCACCCACACCUCCCACUGGCAAGUGAAUUGCCACACACCAAGGAGACGCACGGCUGCGAUGAGGAAAUGGCGGAAGCGAUGGCUGAGCUUCAUUUGAGCAGCACUGUAACUGGAAAUAGAGAUUUUCACAGGGAAAAACAGACACUAAAUGUCCCAAAUAAUGUGUGUUUUUCAGAGGGAAAACAUACGAAGCUUCACAGUGCCCAAAAUGCUUUUCAGACUCUUUCUCAGAGCUAUGUAACUACUUCUAAAGAAUGCUCAGUUCAGUCCUGUCUCUACCAGUUCACAUCCAUGGAGUUACUAAUGGGCAACAACAAGCUGCUCUGUGAGGACUGCACUGAAAAGAAACGGAAGUGCCAAAAGGAAACCAGUUCUGCAGAAAAGAAGGCAGGAGGAGUUUAUACUAAUGCCAGGAAGCAACUACUCAUAUCUGCUGUUCCAGCUAUCCUAAUCCUUCAUCUUAAAAGGUUCCACCAGGCUGGCUUGAGUCUUCGUAUAAACAGACAUGUAGACUUCCCGCUUACCCUUGACUUAGCACCGUUCUGUGCUGCUACCUGUAAGAAUAUAAGUGUGGGGGAGAAGGUUCUCUAUGGUCUCUACGGUAUAGUGGAGCACAGCGGCUCAAUGAGAGGAGGCCACUACACUGCUUACGUGAAGGUGCGAGUGCCCUCCAGGAAGCUGUCCGAGUGCAUCACGGGGAGGAAGACUGCACCAGGUUUGAAAGAAGCUGAUAGUGAAUUGGGAGGCCACUGGGUCCAUGUCAGCGACACUUAUGUGCAAGUGGUUCCAGAAUCAAGAGCACUGAGUGCGCAAGCUUAUCUCCUUUUUUAUGAAAGAAUAUUAUAAUUAUCUGUUAAUUGUUAUUUAGUUCAUUUUUAUUUUAAUGCUGAAGUCGUAACUGUAAUAUGUAAUGUGCCUUUGUAGUCUGUAGGAAUAGUGCGUCCUUACAGUGUUACUUAACUUUGUCGAUAUGCAGUGAAUCCUUUAAAGAAAUUAAUUAAUGUGACAGGCAGUUGUGGUGCUCGCCUUUAUUCCAGCACUUGGAAGGCAGAGGCAGGCAGAUCUGUGAAAAACCUUGUCUUGAAAAAUAAAACAAAAAAGUAAUUAAUGCUUUCAAAUCUAUAUUCUUAAGUGUAGAAACAUGUUUUAUGUUAAUUUUCAUGUCCAUGGAGAUUGCCACUCACCACCAAAAAAAAAAAGAAAAAGAAAAAGUUGAUGGUAGUGGAGAGAUCCCCUUCGCGACGUGACUCGUCACUACAGACAUUCAGAGACGAUGCUGGAUCGGGUCUCUAAUGGAUCCUUCUCGAGUGGACACAGUGUAUCUUGUGCUUACUUUUGUUUUAGCCUUUUACAAUCUCGGCCCUGUUUUGAAUCACUCUUCACAUUUCUCUGUGCAUGUCAUUUUUCUAGUAAACAUUGGUAUAAGUUUAUAACUAUGAAAGAAAAAUUGCCCAUCCUUGCACCACCCCACUUAAAAUCAUCUCAGGGCUUUGCAGUGGUGUGUGUGUUAGUCGAUGGGAAAAGUUUCUAGAACAAUCUGAACUAGUGCCUAAUGUAACAUAAUUAUUUUUUCAUAUUUUAUGUGACUCAGUAGUAUGAAAAGGAACCAUUGUAAUUUUGGUACUGUGAGUUUACAAGUAAUAAAUUGAUUCGCUUAUUGCUUUGAAUAUUUGAAGAUAUUGAGACAUUUCAUAAACUAAUCAUUUGCAGUCCUUUAAAGACAAUUUGCAAGUGAUUGGUUAAGGCCAAAAUAAAAAUAUAGAGAAUUUUGACACAUAGAACUAGCAUAUAGAAGUUGGUGGUCUAUAUAGGAACAUAGGAUACUUUAAAGUUUAAGGAUGUCUUUGAACUAUAAACUACGAAACUAUAUUUAUGAGUGGUAGAAAUCAUAUUCUUAUAAUUAACAACAAAUAUAAUACUUUUUUACUUCUGUACAUUAAUAAAUGUUAAAUAUGGUUUUGUCUUCAUAAGCAUUAUUUGAAAAGACAGGUGGCUAGUUGGAGAUGUAGUUUAAUGGCAGAGAACUUGCUUGGCCUGUGUAAGGUCCUGGUUCCAUCCCCAGACACACGAAUAAAACAUUCAGGUCAACUUGGCUUUGACUUUAAUGGGGCACAGAGCUGCUACUUCUGUUCCCUUUAAAUAUGUAGAAACACAGGAGAGUUUCUCCUUCCAAAAUUCAAAGAAUUGAACUGUGAAAACUUAGCAUGAAAAAUAUUACUACGAAGAUUUUAAAUAAUCAAUGAAAUGGUUCAGUGAAACAUAGUAUUAAAGCAAGAUGUAAGAGAACGGGUCCAGCGUCUUAGUCAUCAGUGCCUGUGUUUGAUUCAAUGGGCAAAUGUAGGGGAGAGAGGCUGUAAGCUGUACAGACCUUUAGCCAGCGUCGAGCCUUCUUGGCAUGUGUAACAUAAGGUCACCUUAUGAUGAUGCCUCUUAAUAUGCGGCUGGGUGAAACUGAUUUGUCUAAUGGAGAAAUUUUAAAAUACCAUGGCAUAACUUCUAUUUUUAAGUUGCAGAGGAAUUUUCAAUAGUAUUUUAAAGAUUUUUUUGUAUUGAAGAUAAAGAAAUAUAUUUUAUCUGUAGAGCCCAGUUGUGUCCUCUAAAAAGAACUUUCCAGUGUCUUCUGUUUCAUCAGACAUUCAGAGUUUAUUAAUCUAUUGACACGAAAUAGUCUAGCACCAGAGCAAUGAGCUAGAAAAAUUUGCUCAAGUCGGCUUCUCAGUCAUAGCAGUUGCCCCACCAAACAAAUGUAAAUAGUUAACCUUUUUUUCUCUCUCUCCUAGAAAAGAUACUAUUAAGAGGUGUACAGUCUAGGCAGGUUCCAAUACCUGGCAUAUGACAGUAUUUUAUCACCCUUUAAAACAGAAAAACCUGCCGAGGGUGGUGGUGCAUGCCUCAGACUCAGCACUCGGGAGGCAGAGGCAGGUGCAUUUGAGUUCCAGGGCACCCACGGCUACACAGAGAAACCUUGUCUCAAAAAACUUGAAGAGAAAAGAAGCACCCUAAAAUCUAUAUGAUUUUUAUACAUUAUCCUAGUAGUGACGUGCAGAUAAAAUGUUCAUUUAUUACCUAGUGCUAAGGAGAUUCUGAAAUGCAUUUUUUAUGACCUAAAGUUUGUUUUUUCUUGCCAUCUAAAAAUGGAGAAAAAUGGUUUGAUUUUGAUACCUAGGAGUUUCCUAUCAAGCUUAUGUAGUAGAUAAAAAUCACACAGAUGUACACUUAAAUUUUUGUUCUUAUUUUGAAGUUUUCCAAAGCACAUUUGUAGAAAUUUUAAAUUGCAAGGCUACUGUACUAACAAUAGUUUCCAGAUUACCUCAGGAAACAGUGCAAAUAAACAAGAAUGUUUACAGAUCAACAAAACUACUUGGUGUUUUGGCACAGUGAAUUUGAAAGGUAAAAGAGAGAAGUUCUUAUCCAGAAACUGGUUUACAGGGUACCUCUAUUCCCAAUUCUCCCCUGGCUCUCCCGUAUUUAAAAUGAUGUGCCAAUUAUGUGAAUGUUUGUGACAUAAACAAAUGUACAUCUAUAUUUAAGAUUUAUUGUUUAGUGUUUUAAAAAAUAAUAUGAAGACUGCUUCUGUAGGUAGUCAAGGAGAUGAUCAUCGUAGCAGCUCAGAGUCGUAUAUCAACAGAGCUAUUUUACCAUAUCUAAUAAUCCUUAGCUUGCAUGUGUGAUUCAUUAGUGAUUUUAUACAAUAGUUGAAUAAAAUUUUCUGAAGACUUAGCUGUGAAAUGUCACCGCACAUCAAAUUUUUUAGUACACAAUAGCAUCCUGCCUACUUUCAUGAACUUUAUACUCAGCAUAUUUUUCUGCAUGACAUCUGGUCCAAUAAACCUUAACCAAGUCUGUGCACUAAAACCAAGCUUUCAGAGAGCAUCCAUUGCAUUAUUGGAGAAAUGAUUUCUGUACUAAACUGGUUUUGUUCAUGUAGAAAUCAUCAGUUCAACUGUGUUUAAAAGAUGAUUAUUUUGGGGUAUCAAUAAUAAAUUCCUGGUAUCAUUCCUUCUCUUUUAUCCAAUUUUACAGUAUUUUAAAAAUAUCUAUGUAACUUAUUGAUCAUUAUUUGGCCAUCGCUGUAUAUAUAAACAUCCUAAUAAAUAUGAAAUUCUUAUGUUAGCAGAUUAGGCCUGGAGCUUUGCAUUAUACAUUAUUGACAGGAUGUUAAUAAACAUUGUGUUCAUGUCUA